AUGCAGUGGACAAAGAUACAUUUGGCUGUUAAGAAGUCAUAUAUUGCUAUAGUGAAAAAUCCGUUAGAAGGAAAUGUCAAUGUAGAUGAUGAUGAAGAUAAAUGCACUCCUUCACAUUGUAUCAAGGGUGCACAGGCAACGGAGACUCUAAUAGAAGCAGGCGCAAAUGUUAAUGCAGACGAUAAAGAUAAAUGCACUCCCUCACAUGUAUCACGGGCGUACAGACAGCAGAAACUAAUAGAAGCAGGGCUUGUAGCUAGUUCUUUAGCUACUCUUACGUUACUUGCAUCUGUAACAUUUGCUGCAUUUUCUAGUGUACCUCUUCCUCUAGCCUUUACUUUAGCUAUGUUGUCUGUUUUAGCAGCUACACUUUCACAUAAAAUAACUAGUAGUAAUAAGAAAAGGAGAACUGAGAGAGAUGAGGUUACUAAAGGAGGGCAAGAACUAGAAAAUAAUUCUAGAGAAGGAAACUGGGAAAGCCGCAAGCAAACUAAUGAAGAAGUUGAAGAAUCUAUUAAACCAGAAAAGUAG